CAACAAGGAGUGAAGAUCUUUGUGAUGCUGUAUAAGGAGGUGGAGUUGGCUCUGGGCAUCAACUCAGGAUACAGCAAGAGGACGCUGCUGCACCUCCACCCCAACAUCAAGGUGAUGCGUCACCCGGACCACGUCUCCUCCGCCGUCUACCUGUGGGCGCACCACGAGAAGAUCAUCGUCAUCGACCAAUCUGUGGCCUUCGUCGGGGGGAUCGACCUGGCGUACGGUCGCUGGGAUGACGGGGAGCACCGGCUGACAGACGUUGGGAGUGUGACACUCUCACACUUGGAGCAGGUCUUAACACACACACACACACACACACACACGCACACACACACAUGACCUGACUGACGUUGUUCGUGUCACUCGAUCAUUGUCCAACAUGUCGUGAGGACAAGUUACCUGCACCACCUACCUGCCCUCUGCGUCUUUGUUUCCCUCUCCUCUCUCGUCUGCACAUACACACGCACACACAC